GAGGCUGGGGAGCGGAAGCUGAAGCAAUUUUGAUAUAGCGCCUCCUCCAAGCUUGAUGUCAAUGUGUCUGCAAAAUGCAGGCAGAUUUCGAAUCGACACUUGUCCAUGAGAGGCAGCAGCAGCAGCAGCAGCAGCAGGCAGAAGCAGCAGCAGCAGGGGGCAGAAAAAGAAGCAACAGCAGAAGCAAGGGAAGUUGAAAAAAGAGAGGUGCACUAAAAGCAGUGGCCAGCUUUUAUAGAACUCAUGCAUCAGCAGCACCAGCAUCACCAGCUGAAGCACAAAAGCAGCACCAGCAGCACCAGCAACACCAGAAGCACCAGCAGCACCAGCAGCAUUAGCAGUAUCAGAAGCAGCAGCAGCACCAGCAGCAUCAGCAGCAGCAGCAGCACCAGCAGCACCACUUCAGCAUCGGAAUUCAGCUCCAUAAAAACAACAGAAGCAGCACCAGCACUGCCAUAGCAGACGAUGCACACCACAAAGCAUGCAUGCUCACGUACGUGAUGCGACAUUCCGACUCUUUAUGGAGUCGCUGAACAGCUCACUAUAGCCACAUGAUUGAAGGUUUAUUUUGAGACGUCUCAAAAUAAACAUUCCGACUCUUUAUGGAGUCACUCAACAACUCACUGUAGCAUCACAUAGGAUAUGCUUUACCUCUUGCUGAUUGUUGACAUUCCCAUUCCACUUUAUAA